AACGAUUCCUGCUCUCAAAUUGCUAAUAUUCCCCAAGAUUCCCAAUGUCAAUUUGUAUUGGACCAUUGUAGCGGAGAGGAUUACUUCAUUGGUCGUAUAAACUAUUUGUCUGUUUACUAUUGCAGGUUGUCAUGGUUGCUGGUGUUUUCUUCUUUGCCUUUGCUUGGAGCUCUAUCCAUUUUUUUUAUAUCUUUGGGACUCACGGCUUCAGACUAUUUGUGUCCCAACUUGUAUACCAUUUCCAAGUUCCUCAAACUCUCCGACAACUUAUCUGGUUUGACUUUGUUGGCAUUGGGAAAUGGCUCUCCUGAUGUCUUGAGUACUUUCAAGGCAAUGAGCUUUGGGUCUGGCUCGUUAGCUAUCUCUGAGCUCAUGGGAGCGUCACUCUUUGUCACCACUGUAGUCAUUGGUUGUAUAGCCAUUGUACACCCAUUAAAGGUGCCGAGACGACUGUUUGUCAGAGAUACCAUAUUCUAUCUCAUGAUCGCCUGCCUUUUGAUUUUCACGUUGGUAAGGCAAAGCUUGACCUUACCGAUUUCAAUCAUUCUAGUCAGCUCUUACGUUCUCUACGUGGGUGCUGUUGUCUUGGAUCACUCGUACUUGAAGCGUCAAAUCACCAAACGUCUCCGAAGCGAAAGAUCUAGAGCAAACUUCACUUUACAGAUUCUUAAUGACAAUGAAGAGAUCGACGAUAUUUACCUCGAUACAUUCGCCAAUCUCCCAACAAUAGAAGAAUUGAACCUAGACCAUCGAAAUAUGGAAUUUGUUGAAGAAGUAGAUACAAUUUUGAGGGUUAAACCUCCAACUGCAGCAGAUAGCAUGGUACGAACCGGUUCCUAUGGUCUCAAAUUGUUGGUCAAAGAGUUGCAGAAGCAUUCUCAUCUCCAUGGAGAUAUUCAGUUAGAGUCAGAAAGACCACUAACAGCUCCCAACCCAGUGGAUUCAUCUUCCCUUCCUGAUGAUAUUGAAUCUGGUCCUACCAGUAGUUCAGCUCCAGGGAGGUUGGGUUCCGAACCUAGACAUAACCUCACAACUGCACAAUCGUGGUACGAAGAAACUCAGGAAAUUGACUCUGAACUCCAUGACAUGUUGAGAUUUACUUCAACGAUAAACUGGUGGAAUUAUUUGCGAAGAAAGGAUUCUAAAAUCCUUGAAUUGUUUGCUCCUCAGCUAGCAAGUUUUCAUGAAGAGUCCUUGGCCAACAAGUUUUAUUACAUAGUAACUAUACCUACUUCAACCAUAUUGAGAAUAACUAGUCCUGUCAGAGAUCAGUCCAUUCUCUUGAUGCUUUCAGAAAUUGAGAAGUCUCAAUCCAACCCACUUUUCAAUGGAGAGCUGGACGCUAUUGGCGAAGAAAUAGGCAAGUUUGAUUUCGAACUAGAUAGAACAUUGAUAUCAAUUCAAACCUUUGUGGGACUAAGUUUUGUCAAUUACAUCUAUUUAAGUGGACAAUCAUAUGGAAUCUUGUGGUUUUUGCUUGGAGGCUUGUUUCAUGCUCUUUUAGCCUAUGUUGUUUUCCUAAAUUAUUCUACUUCCAAUUUCAGCUCCAGUGAACUCUUCAAGUUGAAGGUUAUCAACCGCGUUGCUUCGUUUGCUGGAUUCAUCGUUUCAGUAACAUGGAUAGCCAUAUUUGCUACAGAAAUCAUUGCUAUAUUGAAGUCAAUUUCUAUCAUAUAUAGCCUUAGUGACGAUAUCUUGGGAGUGACGGUAUUUGCCUUAGGGAAUUCCAUAGGCGAUCUCAUUUCUAAUUUCACGAUAGCGAAAAUGGGAAUGCCUGCUAUGGCACUUGGUGCAUGUCUUGGGGGUCCUCUCUUGUCACUUUGCUCUCUUGGCAUGAGUGGAUUGAUUAUCAUACCUUAUGAAAAUCCUUCUUCGGGGUUUCCUCUCGUGUUUAGCCGUACACUUGCCAUUACUUCUACCGCAUUGGUUGCUAAUAUCAUAUUUCUAUUGUUCAUUAUACCCAGAAACGGAUGGAUGUUGGACAAGAGAACGGGCUACAUUUUAUUAGGCAACUGGUUUGUUGCCACAAUACUUUGCAUUAUUAGUGAAACUUUCAAAUAG